AUGGAGGGCCAAGCAGCGCUUGACAAGUCACUGGAGUUCAUUCGGGGCCAGGCGGCGCUGAUGCGCAAGUCUCUGGACGCAGACGGGCGGUUGUUGGUUGCAACAAAGUAUGCUUCGACUAUGCUCAGCGAAUUGCGUACCCAGCAGUACUCCCCAAAGCAGUACUAUGAGCUUUACAUUGCUUGUUUUGACGCCCUGAGCCAGCUCGGCAGCUAUUUACGGGAAGACCACAAAAACCACCAUCUUGCCGACAUUUACGAAAUUGUGCAGUAUACUGGUCACGUUGUGCCCCGUUUGUAUCUUAUGAUCACGGUUGGUACAGCGUACAUGUCCAUCCCAAACGCACCUGUCAAGGACAUUCUCACAGAUUUACUUGAGAUGUGUCGGGGUGUACAGCAUCCGCUGAGAGGACUGUUUAUACGCUAUUACCUUGGUCAACGGACCCGCGAGCAUUUGCCGUCGGUUGAGAACGCUCCUUCUGGAAAGGGAACGUUAAGUGACUCAAUCAAGUUUGUUAUUACGAAUUUUAUUGAAAUGAAUAAACUGUGGGUUCGUUAUCAGCACCAGGGUCAUUCGAGAGAGUGGCAGAAACGCUUGAAUGAGCGCAAAGAGCUUCAAAUCAUUGUUGGCUCAAACCUAGUUCGUUUGGCUCAAUUGGAUGGCAUUACCUCUACAGUGUUUGCAGAACGUAUUUUGCCCCAAAUUUUGGAACAAGUCGUUCAAUGCCGCGACGUCUUGGCUCAAGAGUACUUGCUAGAUGUAUUGGUCAUGGCGUUCCCCGCAGAGUACCAUUUGGAGACUUUGGAGCAGUAUUUGGCCGCGUCAGAACGACUAAAUCCUCAAACUGCGCUUUACAAGAUUUUGAAAUUGUCAAUUGAUCGGCUGAUUCGGCAUUUGAAGGACUCUAAUUUGGCAGAGCAGUUCUCACAACUGUCUUUGAUGGAGAACUCCAACGAUCUAGAGAACGCCGAAGGAAAGUCUAAAACUCAGACACCUAAUGCUAAAAGCACGAGUGGGUCUGCAUCAGAAACCCACGAGUCCAAGGCAGGAGGUAAGGUUGAGCCAGAUCAACUUGAGGGGCCAGAUCGGGCUGAGGCACCGGAUCAAACUGAAGAGCCGGAUCAAACCGAGGAGCCGGAUCAUACUGAGGAGCCAGAUCAAACAGAGGAGCUCGAUCAAACAGAGGAGCUCGAUCAAACAGAGGAGCUCGAUCAAACAGAGAAGCCAGAUCAACCCGCUAAAGCCGAGUCGACCAAAAACUCGUCAGAUGCGGUAGACAAACUCCAAGAAGCAAAAGUGGACGAUGAAAAGACCGAUGAACCUAAUGGAGAGUUGAGCGAGCAGACCCUUACAGAAAUUCAAGAGCUCGAAAAGCUCCAAACAGUCUGGGGAUCAGUAUACGCCACUUACUGGAAGUUCAUCGCUCAACUCAAAUCUCGGCUGUCUUUGCACGGUAGGGCCAAUAUUGCUCAAUCGCUAAUAAAAUUGGUGCUACUUGUUCGACCCAACGAGACGCAGUUCGUCAAUGAUCUUUUGUUAUUUGUGAUUGGCGAAAACGAGGUCAAAUCAGAACAAGCAACACCCGAGCCCAAGCCUAAAGAGGAGUCAAACAGCCCAUCAUUUGCUGCGCCUUAUAAAACAGAGCAGGAGCCGGUACAAGAAGCUAUUGUCUCGUUAUUGAAUACUCUCCUUGACACACUACCAGUGUUUAUAGUUUUGAGCUACCCCCAUUUCCACACUCUGCUCAAAUCGCAAGACAGCUCAAUGCAGCAGACAAUUGCCAAUCACGUUCUAAAAGUCGUGCUUUCUCAGGGAGCAACCGUGACUGAUAUGGCAGCUGCAAAUAAGCUUUUCGAGUUGUUUGGCCUGGUUAUCAAAGCUGGUGAUACUGAACAGCUUGACCUCGCAGAGUUGGUUCAUUUGCUUCGCGGGUCGACGGCUGAAUCGAAUGUGCAAUUACUGAAACUUGCUCUUCAGUCGUUCAAACAGGGAGGCGUCAAGGUCAUCCAAAGAACCUAUCCGUCACUCGUCUUCUCCGCAUUGACCGUUUUGCGUCAGUAUCCCGACUCAAACCGGAGUGAGCUCCUCAAGUUCAUUAAUAAAGCCAUCUAUGACCUUGGUGCUAUAGGAGGUCUUGCUGAGACAGCUUUCCGACUAUAUGUGCUUUCUGGUAGUAUUUCAGACCAGCUCGGUGCCCAAGAAGCAAGCUACGAGUUCUUUGUUGAGGCGUUCACCUUGUAUGAAGAGCAAAUCAGUGACUCUCGGGCACAGUACCAGGCACUGUGUGUUUUGAUUUCUUAUUUACGAUCGACGACUGGAUUCUCUUUUGAAAACUAUGAUACCCUCGCCAGCAGAUGCACUUUAUAUGGACAAAAGCUUUUGAAAAAACCGGAUCAGUGCCGAGCGGCCUAUCUGUCGGCGAACUUAUGGUGGGUCCCUGAGCUAGAAUCAAAACGCAACGACACGAAACUGCUGGAUGCGUUACAGCGCGCGUUUAGUGUUGCAGAUGCUUAUAUGGAUACUCCAGUUAGCAUCGGGCUAUUUGUUGAGCUUUUAGAUCGCUAUCUUUACUUUUACGAUCGCGGAAGCAAGCUUGUCACAGCAGAGCAUAUUAACCGGCUCAUUGAACACAUCAACAAGGAGCUAGAAAACAACAACGAGGAAUCGGAAAUCAAUGAGCCCAAAUCGCAUUUUGAACGCACUUUAGACUACAUUAGAUCGCAAGUCGACAGCGAGCCCAGGUUUAGCGAAAUUCAUACAUAG